UAGGCAGAUUGUCCCGCUAUACUGCUUCUUUAAUAUGGCAAUCUGAAAAGCCCACUUGCUAACUAAGAAACAUUCGGGAGCCACAGCCUACGCUCAUAACAGGACACUUCAGAGCGCAUCGACCCGGAACUUGUGGCCGACCUGAUGGAAAGACUGUUGGCGUUGCUUGGCAACGGCCCGCUAUCCCUGACCUCUUUCUCAAACGCCAAGAAAACGUGAGGCAAUAGAAAGUCGCUAACCCCGCGUUUACACUGGCACAGCUCGUCUUUAACAGGGCCGCAUGGGAAAAGCAUUGGCCGUGAGUUUUCACACUACCAUCAGGAUAUGCAUUAAAGGAGUCCGACCGACGUGAGGCAGGACAUGUCAGAAAGCUCCUCGGGCGUCGUUAGGAGCAAUGACAGUUUUCCCAAAUCUUACUCAUCAAACUGCUCAGAUUUAAGUGGCACCAGUAGUUUAUUACUUUUAGCUGCAAGUAGCAGAGAGGCAGAGGAAAGUCCUGAUUCUGGCAUUGCAUCACCAUUGCCUUCUCAUCGAUAUCGAUUCUUAGUGUGGCAUCACUUGGAAACAAAUGCUAUUGAUGGAUCUCAACUCAGCAGCCCAAGAAUCCGAGAAGGGCCUCCAGAAUCAGAAUGCUUCUUGAGAAGAGAAGAGAACUAUAUAAGAGGAAAAUCAAGAACAGAAGCAAAGGAAAAAUGGGAAGAAUGGCUUACAGAAAACUGGGAAAAUUGUGUGGAUUUGAACUUAUCAUAUCAAGACCUUGGAGAUCCUUACCAGAUGGAACAUUUCUACAAAAUCCUUAAACGUUUGAUACGAGUGGAACGACUUCAGUUGGUGGACAAUUCUUUAAAGGAUUUGAGUCCAAUUAGACUGCCAAGAUGCAAGAGACUUAAUCUGAAUAAAAACUUCUUAACAUCGAUCAAACAACUGCCAAAGAUCCCACAAAUCCAGCACUUAUCAUUGGCUGAAAAUAACAUCAACACUUUAUGCGAUUUAUCAGAACUACGGAAAACGCCACUGGAGUCACUGACGCUGAAAAGGAAUCCUUGUGAAUUCCAGGAGGACUAUAGGUCAAGAGUGUUUUCAAGUUUGCCAAAACUCAAACUCCUGGAUGGAAUUCCAAAGCUUCCAGCAGACUGUGUGCAUUUGGAGUCAACAGUCACUUCCAGGAUGUGUGCUAUAUUGUGAAUCAUUGUGCUUACAACUGCUGAUGAAAAGAAGUGCGGGUGUAUGAGUGGGUGAGCCCAGUGUUGGACCAGCGUCUCAUCCACAUGGAUUUCUACCUUGUACCCAGUACUUGCCAAUAUUGGCUUUGGCUCCCUGCGAUUCCCAUGAAGGAAAAAGACAGAUUCAGAAAAUGGUGAGUGGCUGUAUGUAUGUAACAGGUACGCAUUGGUUUUUCAUUUGAUGAACAAUUCUAAAUUACAAAAAAAGAAUUUGAGUGAUAAGUAAAAUAAGUGGCAGACAUUAUUUUAAUAUUCUCCCUUAAAGGACAAAUAAUUUGGAUCACAAAAGGAAUAUGAUCAUAAUUGUUAUAUUUAAUUAUAUAAUAGUAUGAUUACAUCAUGUUAAAUUAUGUUUAAAUGAUGUAUGGCUGUACUUUGGCUAUGGAUUGGGGAUCCACACAGGUAUUCUGGGACCACCAGAGUUCAGCGAUGUGUGAACAGUAUAGCAGUAA